UUUGCAUAAAACAAAUAAUUCUACUAUGAUGUAUUAUAACUUUUUAAUUUUUGUAUAAUUAAAAUAAAAAAGUUUCUCAAAUGAAACUUUUUCGCAUGUUAAAGUGAUGAUCGACAGUAUAAUAUGGCGAUUAUGAUCUAUUUUGAGAGUAAAGAAAUUCGGUUGGGUUCUGUCCAAAGGUUAAGGUUUUGGGCAUGAGUUUGGACCAUUUGGGAAAAGAAGUUCCCGCCUGACGUGCCACUGACAUGGACGAAUUUAAACUUCGAGCUGGGGAGAAAUUGGAAGCAUUUCAAGAGGCAGCUAAAGCAGCGGCAAACGGAGGAAAGAAUAGAGUACAGGAUGUAGCUUCACAAACAACUGAACUUGUAAGAAGGAUACACGAGGCAUUCAUAGAAUUAUGGCAGAACGAGUUAUUCGUUGAGAGUAGAGAGCGUGUUGGUGUUUGGACGAGAGAUGCGGUGCAACGGAUCAAAGAUGGCGCCCCACCGCUGUCGCCUGUGCUGCUUUAUGAAGAACUGGUUGCACUGUUUAAGGAUAGAAUGUGGCGUCGUAGCGUGGCUUUAUUCGCAUGUGGAGUAGUACUAGGCGGCAGUGCGGGGUUAUUACUAGGUCUGCGGGCGUCAAGCCGCGUGUCCAACGGGCCGCACGCGCGUGCGCUGCUCGCUCAGCCAGACAGAGCUGUGCUGUUGGUCGACGAUGCGGUAACGCCAGGAGCGGGUCCGGGGGAAGUGUUAGUUCGGGUGCAGGCGUUCAGUGUGUGCGCACGUGACCGCGCCGUGCUCCGCGGACGUGCCGCCGCAUUGCGACCUCUCAUCACACGCUCACAACUCUCUAUCGGACGGGGAUUUGCUGGUGUAGUACUGGACGCAGGGCCGGGGGUGUCGUUAGAGUUAGGGGAUGAAGUGUGGGGCUGUGUCAGUGAGUGGAGCGGAGGUGCCGCCAGUGAGCUGCUCACCAUCAGAAGUACACGAGUAAGCAAACGUCCUCAAGGCUUGGCAGCGGACACCGCCGCGUCUCUACCCUGGGCGGGGUCUCUGGCAUUAGAGGCACUGGAUAAAGCUCCCUACGGACUCGAAGGAUGGAAGGGAAAACGAGUGGCCAUCAUUGGAGCGACGACGGGCGAAGGUCUAGCGCUCCUGCAGCUGCUCAGCCGCAAGGGAGCCCGCGCCUGCACCGCAGCCCCGCAACAACAUCGCACUACGCUACACGACUUUGGUAGUGCAGAGUUCAUAGAGACGGAUGGUUCGCGGUCGUGGGCGGGAAUAGAGGCGAGUGCAGUACGUGCCGGUCUGUGGGACGCGCUCUUCUGCUGCGACGCGCAACACACGCCGCCUGCAGCACCGCAACAUCUCGCCGCACUACUCAAGUCAACAGCUCCGAAACGCGCAUUCAUAGACUUACGACCGAGCGUAUUGUUGACAGACCGCCUGCCCACACCAAUCUGGCUGCUGUUCUGUGCUUCUUUCUAUACUUAUAGAGUGUUAAGAUGUUUCCUUGGUCUGGGUAACCACACGGACUGGCUGGAACGACCGCGCCAGUUGUCUCCAGGACUGGACCAGCUCGCUGCACUGGUCGACUCCGGGUACCUCACGCCAGCUCUCGAUAAGGUGUACCUACCCCAAGACUUCGAAGCGGCGUUAGCUCACGCGUGCAGUGACGAAGCUAUCGGUACCACAGUUAUACGGUUCCCGUAACUUUCGUCAACCUUACUGAAGAAUUGAAGAAGAAAAGAACCGUCUAGAAAGCAAAAAAAACCUCUACUGUAAGUUUUAAGUCUUCCUUAAGGUCAGAAAUAUCUUUCACGACAAUCCAGUCAUCAUCAUCAGCUCACUAUACGUCCCCACCGAGGGGCUCGGAGCCUUCCCUAAGUUAAGGGUGAUUAGGCCAU